ACAGCUUUCAGUAAGACACUUUUUAUUCUUGGUUCCCGAUACAUUUCCAGUAACAAACCAACUCUUCCUCAAAUAUUAUCCACAAAGAAUACAAUAUAUAAUGGCUGGAGCACUCGAGAACGCACAGAAUGAGAUGCGCAAAAUUAGGGACCACGAACGUGAGUCUGACUUUGGUGCCAUUUACUCUGUUUCCGGUCCAGUCGUUGUGGCCGAGAACAUGUAUGGUUCUGCCAUGUACGAGCUGGUCCGUGUCGGACAUAGUGAACUGGUGGGUGAGGUCAUUCGUAUCGACGGCGAUAAGACUACCAUUCAGGUAUACGAAGAGACUGGUGGUCUGACUGUGGGCGAUCCUGUCUUGAGAUCUGGAAAGCCUUUGUCUGUAGAGCUUGGUCCAGGUCUGAUGUCCAACAUCUAUGAUGGUAUCCAACGUCCUCUCAAGGCUAUUCAGGAAGCCUCUCAGAGCAUCUAUAUUCCCCGUGGUAUCGCUACCCCAGCUCUCGACAAGGGCUUUGGUUGGGAUUUCGAGCCUCUCAACUUUGAAGUUGGAGACCACAUCACCGGUGGUGAUAUCUACGGUAAGGUCUGGGAGAACUCCCUUGUGACCAUUCACAACAUUAUGCUUCCUCCCAAGGCUCGCGGUACAAUCACCUACAUUGCACCCAAGGGCCAAUAUACCAUUCAAGAUGUCGUCCUGGAGACCGAGUUCGAAGGCGAGACUACCGAAUAUACCAUGAAGCAGCUUUGGCCCGUCCGUUCCCCUCGUCCUGUGGCUGAGAAGUUGACUGCAAACCACCCCCUUUUGACUGGUCAGCGUGUGUUGGACUCUCUAUUCCCCUGUGUUCAGGGUGGAACCACUGCUAUUCCCGGUGCUUUCGGCUGUGGCAAGACUGUAAUUUCUCAGUCAUUGUCAAAGUACUCCAACUCUGAUAUAAUUAUCUACGUCGGCUGUGGUGAGCGUGGUAACGAGAUGGCUGAAGUAUUGAUGGACUUCCCUGAGCUUUCUAUUGAUAUCAAUGGUCGCAAGGAGUCUAUCAUGAAGCGUACAACUCUUGUUGCCAACACUUCAAACAUGCCCGUAGCUGCACGUGAAGCUUCUAUCUACACUGGUAUCACUUUGUCCGAGUACUUCCGUGAUCAGGGCAAGAACGUUGCCAUGAUGGCCGAUUCCACUUCUCGCUGGGCUGAGGCUCUUCGUGAAAUUUCAGGCCGACUUGCAGAGAUGCCUGCUGAUUCCGGCUACCCCGCCUAUCUUGGUGCUCGCCUCGCCUCUUUCUACGAGCGUGCUGGUAAGACUACCUGUCUCGGUAACCCCUCCCGUGAGGGCAGUGUUACAGUUGUUGGCGCUGUAUCUCCUCCCGGUGGUGAUUUCUCUGACCCUGUCACUGCCUCUACCUUGGGUAUCGUACAGGUGUUCUGGGGUCUUGAUAAGAAGUUGGCCCAGCGCAAGCAUUUCCCUUCAGUAAAUUGGAGUCUUAGUUACUCAAAGUACAUGAAGGUCUUGGAGCCUUUCUACGAACAAUCUGACCCAGAGUACAUCUCUCUCCGUGACAAAUGCAAGGAAAUCUUGCAGAUGGAAGAAAACUUGUCCGAAAUUGUCCAGCUCGUUGGCAAGUCCGGUUUGAACGAGAGCGACAAGAUUACAUUGGAUGUUGCUCAGAUCAUCAAGGACGAUUUCUUGCAACAAAACGGUUACAGUAGCUACGAUCGCUUCUGUCCUUUCUUCAAGACAACCUGGAUGUUGCGUAACUUGAUUGGCUUUUACACUCAGGCCACUCACACUGUCGAGGCAUCAAACGGCCAGGUUUCGUGGUCUAAGAUCCGAGAAUCGAUGAGCGAUAUUGUUUACAAGCUUUCUUCAAUGAAGUUCGAGGAUCCUGCUGAUGGUGAGGAGGUUCUCGUUCAGAAGUACUCUGCUCUGUACAAGGAAAUCGAGGCCAAGUUCCGUGAUUUUGAAGUGUAAAUUCUAGCUCCUUUAAGGCUUUUCUUUUUUAUCGAGAGAAACAAAUCAAAAACAUCUGCUUCAUAAAGAAAUCAAAACCCUUUUUGUUCUUCAUGGCCCUUCUUCCUCUAAAUCUCGGGGAAUCAAAACACAACCGAUUCAAAAAUCAUCCACUCACACUCGUCCCGCCACUUACAACAUCACAUCUGCUCACGAAAAUAAUAAUAAUAUAUAAAAAAACGUGGGGACCUAAAAAUUUUACGUACAAGAAAUAUUUUCCAUUUCUGUUU